GAGGGCCCCAAGGUGGUCGGCGGCAAAGGACUGUGGGAGCCGUGCCUGGUGGCUCUGCACUGGUGCAGUGCACGUGUGGGCAGCUCCUUCCCUGUACCACCAAGCACCAUAGUCAGCCAGGCCUGGGCCCCCUGGGCACGUUGCUCCCCCGGACCAUUCCCCCACCCCUCUCCCAUAGGGCACCAUCUCCUGGCACAAGAGACCUGCUCCUUCCUCUGAGGCAGCUGGUUCUGGCUGCGUCCGAGGCAGGCGGCUGGGCUGGACGAGCCAUGGGGAGCUGGACGGGCAUCCUGAGGUGCCUAUAAGUCAAAAUGUUCUUACGAAAUAGGUCACUGGGGGACCUGUAUCUGGAGCCCCCUGCAUCAAAUUACCCCAAACUUGCCCCACAAGCUGCACCCUUGAUGCUGCCCCAACAGGCCAGUUUGUGGGUGGAUCUGACUAUGCACGUGGGUUUACGAGGUCUUUGCAGGUUCCCCUCUAAGCAGCAGUGCCAUUGCAGGGCUAACUUGGGCGUCUUCCCACCUCAGGGCGUGGGUCUGCUUCUCUGCUCGUUUACUCCACCAAGCAGAAUUACCCCCUUGGAGCUGGGCCAAGGAACAGACACCUGGCCCCAGUCCAGCCCCGAAUUCAUACAGGGCCUGGGGGAGCAGCUGUCGCCCCAAACCCAUUUGAGAGAACCAGGUUCAGGCAGCAAACCUUUGUGAUGAGUUUCACAGGCCGUGAGCGUCCCAGCGCCGAAGCCUGGGGAGGAGGCCCCUCUGCUGGGGCCGGUGUCUGCUUGCCAGCUGGGCAUGAGGCCUGUCCAGCCCCUCCCCCUGCUCUUGCCUCACAGGAUGUCCUGCUUCCUGCAAAGGGCCCUGUGCUUUGGUAAACAAGGUGUUGAAAUAGUUAAAGGUCUGAGCAAAGCCCCAAGGGCUUGAGUCACCUCGGCUGGGAGAGGGGCUGAGUGACUCACCCCCCCCCACAGCAUAAAUAGGAGCUGGCAGCUCUACACUGCACAGAGCCGCAGGCAGCCGGGUACCCAGAGCCAGCCAGCCAGCACAGGGACUUCCGCCCGCUGCCUCGCCAUGGGGCUCGCUCUCCUGGCCCCGCUAGCCAUGGGGCUCCUGGCCCUGAGCUGCUGGGCUGCACCACUCCACGCCAAGCCCCAGGCUGUGAUCACUUUCCCGGGGGAGCUGGUCAGUAAUCUGACGGAUCUGCAGCUUGCAGAAAGCUACCUGCUGCGCUUCGGCUACACGGAGUCCGAGGGGCAGACCCGCAGCAGGCAGGUGUCCAUGGGCAAGGCACUCAGGAGGAUGCAGAAGCAGCUGGGCCUGGAGGAGACGGGGAAGCUGGAUGCCAGCACGUUGGAUGCCAUGCGGGCACCUCGCUGCGGCGUCCCCGAUGUGGGCAGAUUCCUCACCUUCGAAGGAGACCUCAAGUGGGAUCACAAUGACCUCACUUACCGGGUACUAAACUACUCCCCAGACCUGGACGCCUCUGUGAUAGACGAUGCCUUUGCACGAGCCUUCAAGGUGUGGAGUGACGUGACCCCGCUCACCUUCACCCGGCUGCAGAGCGGCGAGGCCGACAUCAUGAUCCAGUUUGGCACCAACGAGCACGGUGACGGGUAUCCAUUUGACGGGAAGGACGGACUUCUGGCUCACGCUUUCCCCCCUGGCAAAGGGGUACAGGGAGAUGCCCACUUUGAUGACGACGAGUUCUGGACGCUGGGAACAGGGAUAGUGGUGAAAACCAGCUAUGGGAAUGCCAACGGGGCUGCCUGCCACUUCCCCUUCACCUUCGAGGGACAGUCCUACUCUACCUGCAUCUCGGAGGGGCGCUCCGACGGGCUGCCCUGGUGCGCCACCACCCCCAACUAUGACACGGACAAGGUGUACGGCUUCUGCCCGAGCGAGCUUCUCUACACCUACGACGGCAACAGCAACGGUGCCAAGUGCGUCUUCCCCUUCAUCUUCGAGGGGAAGUCCUACGAUGCCUGCACCACAGACGGGCGCUCUGAUGGCUACCGCUGGUGCGCCACCACCGCCAGCUUCGACCAGGACAAGAAAUACGGGUUCUGCCCCAACAGAGACACAGCUGUAAUUGGCGGGAACUCCCAGGGCGACCCAUGUGUGUUCCCGUUCACCUUCCUGGGCCAGACCUACAGCGCGUGCACCAGUGAGGGGCGGCAGGAUGGGAAGCUCUGGUGUGCCACCACCAGCAACUACGACACCGACCACAAGUGGGGCUUCUGUCCCGACCAAGGUUACAGCCUCUUCCUGGUUGCUGCCCAUGAGUUCGGCCAUUCUCUGGGCCUGGACCACUCCAGUGUCCGCGAGGCCUUGAUGUACCCCAUGUACAGCUACAUCAAGGACUUCCACCUGCACCCGGACGAUGUCAGCGGCAUCCAGUUCCUCUAUGGCCGGGGCUCUGGUCCUGCACCAACAGCCCAGGUGCCAGACAUCCCUGACCAGACAACCACACAAGCCGAGGACACCACAACCACAGCAGAGCCUGACUCAGCCACGGAGGACGACUAUCCCCUGCCAACUGAGCCCAGCCCUGUGGACCCCAGCAGUGAUGCCUGCAAAGUGAAUUCCUUCGACGCCAUCACCGAGAUCAACGGGGAGCUGCAUUUCUUCAAGAGCGGGAAUUACUGGAAAAGCUCCGUGUCCCGGAAGGGGACAAUUCAGGGCCCAUUCCGGAUCUCGGCCACGUGGCCAGCCCUCCCGGCCCUCAUCAACGCCGCCUUCCAGGAUGUGCUCACCAAGAAGCUCUUCUUCUUCUCGGGUGGGCGUUUCUGGGUGUACACGGGCAGCAGCGUCGUGGGCCCCCGCGGCAUCGAGAAGCUGGGCAUUGGCAAGGAGGCAGAGCGGAUCUCGGGGGCCCUGCAGAGGGGGCGCGGCAAAGUGCUGCUCUUCAGUGGGGAGAAGUACUGGAGGCUGGACAUGAAAGUCCAGAAGGUGGACAAGGGCUACCCGCGUCUCACGGAUGACACCUUUGCUGGCGUGCCCCUCAAUGCCCACGAUGUCUUCCUCUACCAAGGAAAGUACCACUUCUGCCAGGACCGUUUCUACUGGCGAAUGACUCCGCGCUACCAGGUGGAGCGGGUGGGCUACGUGAAAUACGACAUCCUGAACUGCCCAGAGCAGUAGGGCCCAGGCUGCUUCACCUGCACCAGAGCCAACCAGCCCCUCUCCCCGCCAGCCGCUCGUUCAUCCCCGCACCAGAGCCGGCCGGCGCCUCUCCCCGCUAGUGGCUCGUUCAUCCCUGCAGACUCUUGUUUUUUCUUGUUUUGUUCCGUGUGGCAGCCUGAGUCCGGCAGGGGAGGUGAAGGAGGUGGCACGUGGAAUCUCUGCCCAGGGCUGCCCUCCAGCCCCAGGCGGGUCCAGGGAGGGAUGGGCCCUGCUUUCCAGAGACUCUGGGCAGCCUAGAGGUGACCGCCUCUGGGAGCUGUAAUAUCCUGGUCCCUCAGCGCCAGCUGCAUCCUGGGGGGUGGGGAGAACAGGGCGCUUUAGCUAAAGGCUCUCGUCCCUGGCCCGGUGGCGGCCCCAUGCCUGCGUGUGCUGCACGGGUUGGUUUGCCUGGUGCAAACUGCUCAGAGAUUUGUAAGCGACUUUGUCUUUUUCCAAAGUUGAUUAAGUCCGUGUCUGUCUGUCUGGGUUUGCUCAGGAGCUGGUGCCUGCGCACUGGGGGCCUGGUGGGUGCCAUCAGCCUCAGUGGGCGCAGGGAGUGCUGGGCGUGGCCCUCGCUCUCUCUCCUGCUGCCAUUUUUGUACCUUGUACAUUUUUAAUAAAGAGAAUCCUGGAG